AUGCUUCCUUCUGAAUACUUGCUGAAUUACAAACUUUCUUCCCUUCAAUCAUCCGACCACGCUAAUCCCUCGAGUGUCGACCAAAUAAACCGGCAGCUAAAUUUCAGUCACGGCCUAUCUCUAAGCUUAAGCUCGGAUAUGAACGAGUAUGCAAAUUCUAGCCUCUGCUCGUUGCUAAAUUCGAUCCCUCAUCAGGAUAACGACCUCAAAGACGCGCAAUACGUAUCAUUUGACUUGGUCGGCAAGAAUUGCGAUUCUCUCAAAUUCGGAGGACCUGUUUGCAAUUUUCAGAACACAAGUCAAGGAGGAGGGCCGCCGGAUGUUAUUAACGGUAUGAUUUGUAAUUCCAAGUAUCUUAAGGCUGCCCGGGAUUUGCUUGAUGAAUUGGUGAGCGUGCAUGGGAUUGCCAAGAAGCCCGAAAAAGCUCGGGAUUCGGGUUCAUCUAAUGGUGGGGCCCGCGAGCUGUCAGCAUCCGAACGGCACGAUUUGCAGAGCAAGCUGACCAAACUUCUUUCAUUGUUGGAUGAGUUACCCGAAAGACUCCGAGAAAAUUAUUCUGGCGAGGGAGACUGGAUUGACAAGGAGCCAGGGAAAAUGAGUCUGGUUUAUACUCUCAUUACCAACUGGUUUUGGGAUGAAACCACGCUGUUAGGCUCACCCUCUUAUGAAAAUGAACCCAAGUCUUCUCCCGAACAUGCGCAAGACACGCCACAAUCUUUCAACGAGAGAGGCGUAGAUUUUCAAGGAAAUAGCUCGAUAUCUCAUCCAUUGAUCGACGGGAACCAAAUGGUGCAACCGUACGGGACCAGAGCAGACGGGGUUUUUCAGGGUGAUCAAAAUGUUGACUUUGGGUUGACUCAAUUGGAGACCAAUAUGAAUUUCGUUAGUGGGAGUGGCGGUAGCAAUUUUUGCGACGACAAGUCGGAUGGCAUUAUGGGAACUCAUCAAGUAACGCUUGCGCUGGGGUUGAGACAAAGCGAGAAAGAUUCGAAGACGUCUUUGGGCAACGGGACUGGAAACGAGUAUUAUUAUGUGGAUCAUUCGGGAAAUAGCCAGACUAGAUUUGCUAAUGCCAAUCUUUUAUCUGAUUUCGUGGCCUGA